GACUGGAUCUGGGACAUGACAGUUCCUUCCCCAAGGCCCUGGGGACAGGGAAGGCUUGACCAGAUGCCCCCUCCAGAGUUCUGACCUCACCCCCUUGGAGCCUGAGGACUCUGCUCCCUGGGGUAGCUUCCAGUUCAGGCCACCCCUGCCCGCGAUGGCCGUCCUUCCACUACUCCUUUGCCUGCUACCGCUGGCCCCCGCCUCAUCUCCACCCCAGCCGGCCACAUCCAGCCCCUGCCCCCGCCGUUGCCGCUGCCAGACCCAGUCGCUGCCCCUAAGCGUGUUGUGCCCAGGGGCGGGCCUUCUGUUCGUGCCGCCAUCACUGGAUCGCCGCGCAGCGGAGUUGCGCCUGGCAGACAACUUCAUCGCGGCAGUGCGUCGUCGAGACCUGGCCAACAUGACAGGCCUGCUGCAUUUGAGCUUAUCUAGAAACACCAUCCGCCAUGUGGCAGCUGGCGCCUUCGCCGACCUACGUGCCCUGCGUGCCCUGCACCUAGAUGGCAAUAGACUGACCUCGCUGGGCGAGGGUCAGCUGCGCGGCUUAGUCAACUUGCGCCACCUCAUCUUGAGCAACAACCAGCUAGCAGCCCUGGCAGCUGGUGCACUAGACGACUGUGCCGAGACCCUGGAGGACCUCGAUCUCUCUUAUAAUAACCUUGAGCAGCUGCCCUGGGAGGCUUUGGGUCGCCUGGGCAAUGUCAACACGUUGGGCCUUGACCACAAUUUGUUGGCUUCGGUGCCUGCUGGAGCCUUUUCCCGCCUGCACAAGUUGGCGCGACUGGACAUGACCUCCAACCGCCUGACCACCAUUCCUCCUGACCCACUCUUUUCCCGCCUGCCACUGCUUGCCCGGCCUAGAGGCUCACCAGCCUCUGCUCUGGUGCUGGCCUUCGGGGGAAACCCCCUGCAUUGCAACUGUGAACUGGUGUGGCUGCGGCGCCUGGCUCGGGAAGACGACCUCGAGGCCUGUGCCUCACCACCCGCUCUGGGGGGCCGCUACUUCUGGGCCGUGGGUGAGGAGGAGUUUGUGUGUGAGCCACCCGUGGUGACCCACCGCUCACCUCCCCUGGCAGUGCCCGCAGGUCGGCCAGCUGCCCUGCGAUGCCGGGCAGUAGGGGACCCAGAGCCACGAGUGCGUUGGGUAUCACCCCAGGGUCGGCUGCUGGGCAACUCCAGCCGUGCCCGUGCCUUCCCUAAUGGGACCCUGGAGCUACUGGUCACUGAGCCAGAAGAUGGUGGUACAUUCACUUGCAUUGCAGCCAAUGCUGCUGGCGAGGCCACUGCUGCUGUUGAGCUGACCGUGGGUCCCCCUCCACCUCCCCAGCUAGCCAAUAGCACCAGCUGUGACCCCCCGCGGGACGGGGAACCCGACGCCCUCACCCCGCCCUCUGCGGCUUCGGCCUCCGCCAAAGUGGCCGACACCGUGGCCCCUACCGACCGUGGUGUCCAAGUGACUGAGCAUGGGGCCACAGCAGCUCUUGUCCAGUGGCCAGAUCAACGGCCCGUCCCAGGCAUCCGCAUGUACCAGAUCCAGUACAACAGCUCUGCCGACGACAUCCUCGUUUACAGGAUGAUCCCAGCGGACAGUCGCUCCUUCCUGCUGACUGACCUGGCGUCAGGCCGUACCUAUGAUCUGUGUGUGCUCGCAGUUUAUGAGGACAGUGCCACCGGGCUAACAGCCACACGGCCCGUGGGCUGCGCUCGGUUCUCCACGGAGCCUGCACUUCGGCCUUGUGCUGCACCACACGCACCGUUCCUGGGCGGCACCAUGAUUAUUGCGCUGGGAGGUGUCAUCGUCGCUUCUGUUCUGGUCUUCAUUUUCGUGCUACUUCUACGCUACAAGGUGCACGGAGUCCAACCGCCGGGCAAGGCCAAGGCCACAGCACCUGUCAGCAGCGUUUGCUCCCAGACCAACGGAGCCCUCGGCCCCGUGCCCAGUGCGCCUGCCCCUGAGCCUGCUGCACCAAGGGCCCAUACUGUGGUCCAAUUGGACUGUGAGCCCUGGGGGCCCAGUCACGAACCUGCAGGACCCUAGCCGAGGGCCCACCUCUAUGGUUCCUCUGGAUCCAGACAUCCCUCGGGACCUGGCCUCAGACUCACCAAAUUGCUCACGGUUUUUAAAACUCUGAUGGGGAGGGUGUCGGGGUCACCGGGGCACAACAAGAAAGUCCUAUUUUUCUAA